ACGUGAUAUGGUGUUGAAGGUCAAUUUUCAGCUGCAAUGGAGCUGUCGGAGUUUGUGCAAGAAGGUCUUCAAUACUUGGCAGAUUCGGGAUAUUUUAACGACAAGGCAUUUGCGGUUAUGAUAGAAGUGGCUUUUCGCAGCUUACUGCUCUCCAGUUCUGACGACACAGUCUUAGAUAAUAACGAAUUGAAACAUAUCGAGCAGACAGUUGUGAAACACUGCCAUAGCGCGGUUACCACCUGCAUAUUGGAAUGUGUCAAGCAGAAUGCCGACAGAUCUACAAUAUGCACCUGUCUUGAAGAUAUUAGGUUUGACCCUGAGAGAAUAGACACUUUCUGCAGUUUAUACCAGAAACACAAAAAGGAUUUGGAAAACGUUUUAUCCAGCAUAGGUAGAGGCUUGCCACAUAUAAAUGAUGCUUCGUGGCGUCUGGAGUAUCAAAUAAAGAAUAGUCACCUGCACAAAGUCAACCAGCCUUCGUAUCUGAUCACCCUCAGCACUGAGAACAGUGGCUCGAGGUCAGCUGAGGAAGUGAAUUUCAGCUGUAACAUGGAGCAGCUUCAGGAUCUAGUGGGAAAAAUGAAGGACGCGGCAAAGAGCCUCGAGAAGGCUACACAGCUCUAAAGGCAGGACGGAUGCACCCAGGGAAACACUAGUGAAUUCUGGCUUGCCGCCUGACCACUAUCUGGCACUGAAGUUCAGCCGACCAGACUUCGUUGUUUUUUUCCGCCAACAAACCACAUCUAUUAUCAGUUGAUGAUAAACUGUUUGGACAGAUAACUUUGUAAAGCAAUAAAAUAUACUUGGUUUUA